AUGGACGCUGCUGAGCCGGAGCAGACUCCUUUUACCGCCGUGACGGCUCACACUUCAAAACUUGCCCGGCAAUAUCAAGCCUAUCUGGACAAGGUCACACCUUACACGGCCUACCGAUGGAUCGGCACCGCCAUUUUUCUGUUUAUUUUCUUCCUGAGAAUUAUUCUUGCACAGGGAUGGUAUAUCGUCGCGUACACCCUGGCCAUCUACCUCCUGAAUCUAUUCCUCGCCUUCCUGCAGCCCAAGUUCGACCCCUCCCUCACUCAAGACGAAGGGUUGGAGGACGGUGAGGCGACAUUGCCGACGAAGCAGGACGACGAGUUCCGCCCAUUCAUCCGACGGCUUCCCGAAUUCAAGUUCUGGCACUCGGCCACCCGCGCCAUCACUAUCGCCUUCGUCUGCACAUGGUUCUCCUUCUUCGACAUUCCCGUUUUUUGGCCGGUGCUGGUGAUGUACUGGCUGAUCCUCUUCUUCCUGACGACACAUGAUCAAAUACCGCUAUGUCCCCUUCACCAUUGGAAAGACGAGAUAUGGCCGGAAUUAAAAAGAAAUGACGAACGAACUGAACUAGGCCCGGGAAAAAACAAUGAGAGCAAGCGGCUCCUUUCUUUCUUUAACGCUAAAUCCGGACUUCCCAGCUAA